AUGUCGAACAUGGAGAAACACUUGUUCAACCUCAAGUUUGCUGCCAAAGAGCUACAGCGCAACUCAAAGAAAUGUGACAAAGAGGAAAAGGCAGAAAAAGCUAAAGUGAAGCAGGCUAUCCAGAAGGGUAAUGUGGAAGCAGCCAGAAUCCAUGCAGAGAAUGCUAUCCGUCAGAAGCAUCAGUCCCUUAACUUAUUGAGGAUGAGUGCCCGUGUGGAUGCUGUGGCUUCCAGGGUCCAGACGGCGGUCACUAUGAACCAGGUAUCUAAAUCCGUGUCUGGGGUGGUCAAGAGUAUGGAUGCUACACUGAAAAGCAUGAAUCUGGAAAAGAUCUCUGCAUUAAUGGACAAGUUUGAAAACCAAUUUGAAACUCUUGACGUGCAGACAGCUCAGAUGGAAGACACAAUGGGCAACACCACGACUCUGACAACACCUCAGAACGAAGUGGACAGGCUAUUGCAUGAGAUGGCUGAUGAAGCAGGUUUGGAUCUUAACCUGGAGCUUCCUUCAGGCCAGACUUCCUCACUGGCUUCAUCUGUGGCAUCAACAGAGCAGGAUGAGCUCGCCCAGAGGCUGUCCAGACUGCGAGACCAGGUGUCAUAAUGAUACAGAAAAAUAGCAAUAUCAGGUGGAGGGAGAAGGGCAAGAGGAGCACGAAGAGACAGGGAGUGAAAAGAAUAAACAAAAAAGGUGCAAUGUGCCUGCAAGCUCUGUGCCCUCCUUGGUGUUCCAGGUUUGUUUCUCUUGUGAGGAGUAAAGGAGUUGCUUCAUUGCAGAAAGGGAUUGUUGUAGGAGGGGUGUUGUUUACAGUCCUGGUAUAGACUACAUCGCUCCAUAAUAGUGUUCAUUUGCACACUAAUAUUUAACAUUUAUCUAUUAUUAUUUAUUAGCUCAGCAAUAGCACACCACUGUGCUAUAUGUUUCUUUAUUGUUGUUGUAAUGAUGCAUUGUAUAAUAGCUAAUACCUCAUUCCAAAUACAGUUGGAUACAGUUUAUAUAAUAUGCAAAGAAGAAAAUAUAUAAUGUGUAUAUUUAUUUAUUUACUGACUGAAUAUUGCAAAGGGAAUGCUUUUACUGUAACUGUUUUGUAUUUUCCCUGGAUGUGGAGACUUCUGCUGUUGUUUCCUUCUCCAUCUCUUUUUUUUGCUUCCAGUUUUGGCUGUACUGUUGUAGUCCAAAUUGAAUUGUUUUUAUAUUUUACAGAAAAGAGGUCUCACGAAAAAUGUUUGCUGUGAGUAUGCUUUUGACAGGGCUGGAAUAUUACUGAUUUUCUUCAUGUAGCAGUAACUACUGUAUCGGUUCACCAUGCACUUAUAUG